AUGGGGAACAAAUUUUCUUUAUGCCUUACAAUCCAAGCUGUCAUUGGGUCUUGCUCACACAUAGGCAAACAAUGCCGUAAAGCACCUAUUUGGAAAACUCUACAAGGCGCACCAAAGCAACCCAGCAGUGUAGAGUGUGGCUAUUAUGUCAUGCGCUUUAUGAGAGACAUCAUCACAGAUCCUUCUUUGGAGUUUGAGAAGAAGUUUGAAAAGGGCAAAGAUCAAGCACCAUACCCCCAAAAAGCCAUUGAAGAAGUGAGGAAAUAA